AUGGCAGAAGAAGCUGGUCAUCUGGAUUUUUAUACGGUUGAAGAAAACGAGAAUUUUUUGUUUACCAAUUACGCAGAUCAGAAACGACGACGUUCUGUUAGCGAUUUUGGUAGUCUAAAUUAUAGGAAUCUCAGCAACAGCGUCCACGCAGGCUUAUCCAACGAAUUCGAUUAUCUGUCCAAUUAUCCUUCGACAACUACAACUCCCACUACUACUACUACUGCCACUACCAUUACUCAGUAUAAUCGCCAUCGAUCGGAUUCAGCUUAUCCAGAUUCAUCUUCUUUGAACUCUUGGGAUAUAUACAAUCUUUAUUCAUCAGACGAUCCGCGAUCUUCGUACACCACAUAUUAUCAAAAAGAUAAUCAUUUAAAUUCCCCAAAUCAAGACGAAAAAUUAAGUGAUCAUCAUCGUCUGCAACAACAUCAACAUCUAACUGUGCCGGAAACUCGUACGUUCAACCAAAACAGACGUAUUGGUGGAGGUGGUGGUGCUCGUAACAAAAGAAGUUCUAGUUCUAGGGACAACAACAGCAGUAGCAGCAGUAACUCUUCAUCGUUUUAUGAUAAAGAUUCUUUUUGGUAUCGACCAAAUCAGCUAGUUCAAAAACUGGACGAAGAUCAGUAUAAAUUAGCUGCUGAAGACACUGAUAAUUUUGCAGAAGGUCACGGAAAACAAAAGUAA